AUGCUGGCUAAAGCAGCUGCUACUGCAUCAAUUCCAACAGUAAUUGGAACGGUUUAUUUUAAUAGCUAUGAUUCAAAAAUUAUUCAAUAUGCCUCAGCUUUGGGCAAAUUAAAGGAAAUUUACAAAAUUUUAGGUGCUUUGGAAGCAAAUUUAGAAAAAAAUCCAGAUACUUCAAUAAUUCCUUUAAUUAAUUAUAUUUUAUCAUUCUGUGAGGGUCAAACAUUUAACGUUAAUUCGACUUUAAGGAAAAGAUUUAAUUUGUUGUGUGAAUUUAGACAAUGCAAAGUAACAGAAAUUGUUCCAACACUUUCGACGUCUGCUAUUGAUUAUAAUGUUAAAUUUCCUGAAUUAACACAAGACUCUGAGACUUUCAUUAAAAAUAUGUAUAACCCUGAAUUACAAUGGAAGCUCUUGAAAUGUUUUAAAGCAAUUGUUAAAAAUGCAAUUGAAAUAUAUUCCAAUAGAUUAAAACAGGUACAGAUUGAAAGAACUGCUAAUAGCCCCCCUGAUAUGUUUGGAAGAGCAAGACCAUUUGAUAUUCAAGCAGUAAAUGAUCUGAUACGGCCUUCUGAAACCUCGAUGUGUCUUGAUUUGGCUGUUUUGAUUAAAGAUCGAGAACAGGAUACAAAACCUGAAUCAUUCAGAAAGUUGGAUUUACAAAUCCUAACAAAAUUUAUUUCGGUAGUUCAAAAUUCUAUUUUGCCAAGCAUCAAGGCGUAUUAUAAUGACCUUCAUAAAUAUGUCAAUUCUAGAGCUGCUUCAACACAAAUGUUAAGAGAACUACCACAUUGGGAAUAUAGUAUGCAUAGAAUAUAUGCCUUGCUUUACAGAACAUUAUCUACCCUCCAUAUGAUAAUCAGUAUAGCAAGACAACUUUAUAUCCCGAAUAAAGAGUACUUUAAUGAUAUAAGGACUAAACUCUGCAGUGAAAAUGUUCAUGAUUAUGAAAAUCUGAUAAGAAAAAUUGAAAAACUGUGUUUUGAUUAUGAAGAGAGCUAUACAGAGCUUUUGGUAAAAAGUCUUGAAUAUUACUCAAGGCAAGGCACCACUUUUCAUGUACAACCAAAUAAUAUAUUAGAUGGGUUUCAUAUAAAUGUUACUAAAUCAGUUCCGAAACUAAGAAUUGUUUUGACACUUUUAAAUUCUUGGUUAACUAUGUGGCAGUUUAUUCAAAAUAAUAGUGCUGCAGAAUCGAAAAUAUCGGAUAGUUCGGAUGAGAUGCUUGAGAACAUGUUACAAGAAAGAAAAGCGGUUGAUAGAUUGGCAAGCGUUGAGAAAGAAAUAAAACGGAGUGAAUUAAAGCUAAAGCAGAGACAAGACACCUUAAAGUCAAAAUUAAAACAAAUAAACGAAGACUGUUUGGGGCCCGACAGACUGCCAAUGAGAAAAAUCUCAUCAUUAAGCACCUUUUCAAGCUCUUCAAGUUCGACAACUUCACCUGGUACAAUGUCUCCAAAUUUAAGUUCAUGGAAUUCACGAAACGUAUCAUUAUCAAGUAUUUCUUCUCCAAAUCUUUCUAGAAGGCAAUCGAUCGAUGCAAGGAAUAAUAACAAUAGUUCUAAUAAUUUAAAUAGUAUGAACAACAACGUGACACGUCAGAAGGUUCAUUGCGAAACAAAACCCGCCAAGACAAAGACAAGAAAAAGAUCUACUUCAUUGCAAUCUGCAUUUUCUUCAUCUGCUGAAGAUUUAAAUUCUUCUGAGGUUCCAUCUCGUUCAAACUCCUUACAAGUAGGGUCUGUAUUGAAUCAGAAGAUGUUACAGGAUACUGUUACUCAUUUGAUGAGUAAAAAUAAUUCUCGUCCCCCACCAACCAGCAAUGCUGUUUCUAAUGCCUCUAUAUUUGCUUCUAAGGCUGCAGCUAGUAAUGGUUUAUCUCGAAGUCAAAAUAAUAUCGAGAGAAAUGGUACAACAAAAGUUGGAACAGUGACAAAAAAGAAGGAUAAAAAUGUUAUGAUGAAUAAUAAAGAAGAUAUUACUCAAAAGAAUUAUAAAAUCAUGAAUUCCUCUGCUGUUACGAAAACUAUCAGUAUGCCAGAAUUAGAAUUACAAAAUUCCUUCAGUCAAUCCCUUAGAUUAGAUCCUACUGUAUCGGCAGAUAAUUGUGAAAUCAGGAAAAAGGUUAGGUUUAUCGGUGUACCUCCAAUAACAGAGUUAGAAGACCCUAGGCCAAAAAGAAAAGGUUGGUACAAAAAGCCGGAGGUCCUACAUUAUCCACCACCUCCAACUCAAAUCAGUGAUAGAUACAAUAGACAAGAAGGUAUGGCAUUUCGUAGAAGCCUAAGGGAACCAAACGAUUCAGAUGAAAAUGCAAAACUUGAAAUUGAUCAAACUCGGGAAUCCACAAGAUCGAGGAUAACAUCGAAAUUAUUCGAUAAAUUAAGGUAA